AUGGAACUACUGUCACAAGUGUUGGGCGCCGUGCUGGGGUUCCUUCGUUGCCUGCUCUUGCUGAUCUGGAUCGAACCCCUCCUCGGGACCAAAUCAAAGUCGGUUGAUGCCGACAAAGUCGCCACGACCUACGAAGAGUGGGCUGCCUGGCAGUUCGAGUACGACGCGCUCCAUGGCGUGGAUGACUGGGUCAACAUUGACCGCCACUCUAGCUACGACUGGCAGGUCCUCAGGAGCCUGAAGCGCGAUCUGGAGCGCUGCCGGAGACUGGGCGACGACCGCGGACUCUGCAAUCAGCUGCGGGCCCAAAGCUCUCGCAACAUGUGUCGCAUCUUGUCGCCCGCUCUGUUCCGGAAGUCACCAGUCCAGACGAAGCGCCUGAUCCAUGAUUACAUCAAGGAAGUACGUCAAUGUAUCGCCCACAUUGCAGACCGCCACUCCUUUGGCGCGGGAACCACCAUCGUCUCGUCGCAAGAGAAGCGACAAGUCUUGAAUGACAUGCGAACUGCCCUUGGUCGAACCACGCUGGCGCUGCAAGGCGGAGCCAUGGUCAGCAUGAGCCAUCUCGGCGUGGUCAAGGCGCUCUACCUCCAGCGAUUGCUUCCCCAGAUCAUCACCGGAACCGGGUCGGGCGCCUUGAUCGCGGCUCUGGUGUGUGCCACGCCGGACGACGGCCUCCUCGAUGUCCUGGGCGGGUCACGCAUCGACCUCGAGGCGUUUGAUCGCGCUGGCAUCCGACGCUCCACGGGUCGGUGGUUCUCUUGGCCUUGGCCGGGGUCGUCCGUCCUGGCCACUAUCAGACGGCGGUACAGGCGAUACCGAACCAAAAAGCACUUCUUUGACAUCGACAUCCUGCAAGAAUGCGUGCGAGACAAUCUGGGAGAUCUCACGUUCGAAGAGGCGUACGCAAAGACUGGGAGAAUCCUGAACAUCACCAUCGCCAUGUCUGAGGUGGCUGGCACCCCCCAGCUGCUCAACUACAUUACGGCUCCUCACGUUCUGGUCUGGUCGGCAGUCGUGGCCUCCAUCGCCACGUCCAAGCAAAUGUACGCGCCCGUCCAGUUGCUUUGUAAGAGUGAGACCGGCGCCGUCACUCUCUAUUUUGCCGCCGACAGCUCGGAGAAGGGGAGCAAGCGCCACGAUGCCGUGCAUCCCGAGGCGCCUUUGCAGCGGAUCGGGGAGCUGUUCAACGUCAACCACUUUAUUGUAUCGCAGACGAGGCCCUAUGUAGCCCCGUUCAUCGAGUGGCAGCAGGCCGCCGACCAUCAUCAGCCGCUAGGUGUCAUCGUCCGCUUUUGGCUGGAUGAGUGGCUGCAUUGGCUCGAGGUGCUGAAUGCGUUCGGCAUGCUGCCUACAUUUCUGCAACGUGUCUUGAUGGACGAAGUAGUCCCCAGCUUUGCAUCGUGGUCCAAAAUCUCCAUCACGCCGCAGAUCCGCCUGUGGGAUUUGUUCGGUCUCUUCGAAACGCCCACAGCGGCCAGGUUGCAAGCAUGGAGUCUGAGAGGGGAGAGACGCACAUGGCCUUCCAUCUGCGAGCUGCGAUGCCGAUGCGACAUCGAGUUCACCUUGGACGCGGCAUAUGCCAGGGUUCGUCGGCGCGCGACGGCAGCCAUCAUCAACCCAACCUAG